CUAAUUGGGGUGUCUACCCACCAUGUCCAUCAGCAACACUCCAGUGUUGCUCAAGAGAUAUUUUUCGUUGUUACUGCCUUUCCCAUUUAAGCUUGAACCGAUGUACAUAUUCAAAACAAAGCUCUGCGUUAAUAUUUAACCCCAAGUGCGUAGAGAUGCCUCAUGACAUCUAUUUUUGCAACUGGACGGACUGAGGAGUGGGUGGAGGUUACCGUUUGCGUGGUGAGAGUGCCUUUGAUGAGAGUGGAAGCUGCCUAUAUUUAGCGCUUUUCCUUCAAUACAUCAUACAUGCAUGUGUGAAUGGUGAUCUUUUGCUCUGCUCGGGGAGAUGAGGAUGUGAGUUCACUAUAUAAAUGCCUCGAAGUAUCGUCACUGCGAUGUCCAAUCCUUCGUUCAAGUCCUGCUGUUGUAAUUCACUCGUUAUAUAAUCAUCGUUCAAGAAAUGCUUUCAAAGUCCAUUGUCGCUGCUUCUCUUGUUGCGUAUGCUGCAGCUGCUUACGAGAACACCACUGAGAUCACUACUGUGACUCACGAUGUUGUCGUUACGGAGUUCACCACUUACUGUCCAGAGCCAACCACCUUCAUCACGAACUCUCAAACCAUCACCGUCACAGAGCCAACCACCUUGACCAUCACUGACUGCCCAUGUACCAUCAAGACCACCCAAACCUGUUCUGAUGACUGCACCGUUCCAACCAACACUGCCUCUACCAAGGCCAGUCCACCAGUGUGUACGCCAAAGGGCACUGCUGCUCCAUCUUCUGGUGAGACUGAGACUGCCACCUCUACUGCUUCUGGUAAGAAGACUCCACCACAGUGCACAGCAAAGUCUGGCGAGGCACCAGGUACCACCACCACUGCUACCACCACCACCAAGGCCGCAGAAGGUGAGACCACUGCUUCUGGUAAGAAGACUCCACCACAGUGCACUGCAAAGUCUGGUGAAGCUCCAGGCACAACUGUCACCACGAAGGCUCCAGAGACAGAGGCUCCAGGCACAACUGUCACCACGAAGGCCCAAGUCUCCACCACCAGCAUUGCCUCUGUCGAAACCUACACCGGCAACGGUGCUGCUGCGCUCGGUGCCGGUCUUGCAGGUGUUUUCAUCGCUGCUUUGUUGUAAGCUUACUUAUUCUUUCUAAAUGAGCUCACAUUAUAAAUAUCAAAUGGCCCCCUUUUCUUUAUAAUUGACUCUCAAUUUUACUCCUUUUUGAACACUUUUACACG